AUGUGGCCUGUAAUGAGGAAAGAGGAUGGGAGGCUUGAUUCAAGCACGACCAAGGGCGGUUCUUGGAUUGUGGGAUGGAACCCCCACGGGCUUUCGGUCAUCGUGACUGGGUUUAUACGUGAGCAGUCGAUGGAAAAUGCGAUGACGAAGCUGGAGGAAACCCGAAAGGUCCUGGAGGUUUACCGAGCUCACAAUGGCAUGCCCCAAUACGGGAAUCUUCAGAUUUUAGGCUACGUCCGACCCUUCAUUAACCACAACCAGGGUAGAAAUGGCAUGACUGGUGUUAACGUGGCGAAUACGGGCCUUUCCCCUAUCAUGAAUGCGUUUUCGAACCAGCACGAAAAUAUUGCCCGCCUUACGCAGCGCCGCAAUGAUUUAUGGCUGGAGCUUCUCGAAGGUCCGAUCCUUGGCGAGAUUUGGUGUUGUGGGUAUCGCGUCCAGCCCUGCCAAUUGCAUAUCAUUCGCUGUGAUCCUUUUAAGCGGUAUUCCCUGAAGCCGACGGUGUUUAGCGCGUGCGCGCUUUACGGCCCGUCCGGCGUUCGGCGGCUGCUUUGUGGUCAGCGGCCCGUUUGUUUGCCCAACAUGCAGUGUAAUAUGGAAGGGGUGCUCCUGCCCGAGGUGAUGAUGGGGGAGAGCGCUCCCAACGUCGAAAAUAGGGUACGGAGCCAUGCGAUGGAGCCGAUGCCGAAUUGGUAUAAUUUAGCGUUUGCCCUCACCCCUUUGGAGGAUCUCUCGCAGUGCAGUUUGUCGGGGAUGCGGCAUUGGACGCCGCAGCGGGGGCUGGAAAGCGCGACCGGGCGGCCCACGUGUGGAGAACUCAACAGCGAGGAUGGCGAGAACAAGCGGAUGAGCGCCUCGCGGCAAACCCACUACGACAACGACAGGGCGUAUAAUGGCUCGAUCAGCGAUGGAUCGGCCGCGGAGCCGCUUGUGGGGGUGCCGCCGCGAUUAGAUUUCCCCACCAGCGUUGAUUUCUCCGAGAUUGUCGUGGCCUUGUCGAUGUGCUGCCUCGGCGGCAACGUCCAGCGCGUUCUUCUCGGGAAGGACCCGGUGCGUGUUGUGCAUGAGCCGAUAGACAUCUCAGGGUUGAAUGCGCGGGGCUGUGGGGUGGCUCUCGAUGUGGAAAGCCCCAAGCCCUCGCAGUUCUUGCGGCUCAUUGGUGUUAUGAAAAGGGUCGCUCUGAUUGGUAUCCCCGUUAGUCCGAUAAAAAGGUAUAAUGCGACCCCGAUAGGAGGCAAAGUAGAGUUCACGCAAGCCUCACCUAAUGCUUCUAUUACAUAUCUAUGGCCUUAUGUUCACCAUCUCCUAGAAUUUCUAAUGUACGGAACCCUCAUUAUGCUCCGGUGGUUUAAGCCUUUCAGUCGAUUUUCGUGGUUUGUGAAGGUCAUGGAGCUACGACUUCGCGAGUUUGUCAAUUUUGUUUCCCUUUUAGACGGUCAAACCACCUCAUGUGGACUUCAUCCCGUUCUUCCGCACCAGGUGGCGCGUAAUGGGAACCAACAACACAUUUGCUUCUUGAACUACCUCGGUCGCUAUUUGACAGAUCUUGUGCUGGGUAUUUCAAUCGCUUUUUUGGUCAUCUACAUAUCGAAUACGCAUUUCAUGAUGCAGCAUAUCUCGAGGUAUUUUCUGUUUAACCUACACAUGUCCUAUAUGGAUUGGUUUGAGGGUUGGCCGGCUGGUCUUAAAAUGAACGAAGACUUCAAUGCGUCGUUGGGGUUCUUUGCAAAGAUGGUGCUUACCACUUGGGAUCGUUUCCUCUGCUUCACGUCUGUGAGUGAGCCCAGCAUGGAGGGUGAAAAGACCUACGCCUGGAUCACCUACGUUUACGUCCUUAUGCUUUAUAUUUCACCUAUGGGCGCAAGCACGGCCUUAGCGAUCCUGGCUGAUGUGAUUGGGAUCGUCACGCUGCACCUUCACUUCCUAUACCAGUCCAUGGCCUUAGUUUAUCGAUUUGCCAAGGAGUUAUUUGUAAGUUUGUUCAACCAAUUUCGCGGAAAGAAGUACAACAAACUUCGCAACCGCACCGACGCCUACGAGUUCUCAGUCGAACAGAUGUUGAUUGCGACAUUUCUGUUUACCAUCACUUUUUUUCUAUUCCCAACCGUUGCCGUUUAUUAUCUUUAUUUUGCCUUCGUCCGGACAUCCAUUUGGUUCAUUCAGGAAGGCUUAAUUGGGGUUUCACAUCUUCUUCUUUAUAUGCCCUUCUUUCAGAUCUCUCACUGGGCGCUGUUCCGCCGUCAGUACAUUGGUGGGAUGGUGCUGUCUGAUCCCAUCAUCACCAUGACCCUCAAAAAUUCCGCAUCGCCUGUGGCGAGCAUACCCAAGAUUGGAAACGAUAUGAAUAACAGCAAUUUUAACGAUAUUCCUUACGAAAAACCCUCCACCACGGUAGAGUUGUCGAUUGAAUCGAUUCCGCUUUCACUAUCGUCCGUGCUCGCGGACUUUCUUGUGGUGCUGAGCGUACUUGGUAAGCUUUUCAUGCCAACACGUGUCUUAUCGUUAUUAAGAAAAGGUGAAGUAUAUGGAUGGCUUGAAAGCCCCAUCUAUGACUUAAUCCCUCACUUGCUUGAGAAUUGUGUUGACCCUCACUGCACACUACUUCGUGAUGAAAAAAAGGAUGACGUCGAUGCAGUUAAGACGCUAUGA